AUGUCGGCAAGAAUUACGCGGGAAUGUUUGUAUCGGUUUUGCCAUAAUGUGGUGAAACUAUAUAGAAAACAAUAUUUGCGGAAACCAAACGCGUAUGAUGUUCAACAGUUGUACCAAGCUCAUGAAGCACGGCACGGGUUUCCGGGAAUGCUUGGUAGCAUUGAUUUUUCUGGGGUUGAAUAUAGACGCGGGUAUUAUCUUGCUGACGGAAUAUAUCCGUCUUGGUCUACAAUUGUCAAGACUAUUCCAUUUCCCGAUGACGAAAAAAGGAAAAAAUGGGCCAUCAUUCAACAACCGGCACGUGCAUUCACACCGAAGAGGUUGCGCCUUUGUAUGUACGCUUGCAUUUUGCUCCAUAACAUGAUUAUUGAAGAUGAAGGUCGGGCGAUUUGUGAGUAUGAUGAGAAUGCAUCUUACGGGAAUACUGUCAUGGUAGAUCCGACGCAACAGGAUUUAAACUCGUUCGCGCUAACCAACGACUAUACGCAUGCAAACCUUCAACAGGAUUUGGUAGAACAUAUAUGGAACAACGCAAAUGACGGGGACGGUGACGAAGACGAGUAG